UGUCAGGAUACAGCACUUAGAUGUUUUGGCUGUUGGUGUUAGUGUGGCGGCAGACACAAAGUUCAAGGAGAAGAGACGAUUUGUUCGCUUGGCUGACAAAUAAAACCGGUGAAACUAUGAGACACACUUUGACUUAUUGUGGCUGCAAAAUUUAAAAUUUUGUGGGUUUUUUUUAUCCUUCCCUCUUUGUAAUUUCUGCCUUCAUUUUUAAUGCACGUCUCACGGAGUUUAAUGCACGGAGUUUGCUGUGGACACUGAGAAGAAUAGUAGCACGUGGAACAAAAGGAAAACAUUUCUACACUGUGAAGUGUUUGGUCAAACUGAGGCACUCGGUAUAAACUGUAGGCAAAAAGUUUCAUUUUUAAAGUUAUGAACAAACUUUGAUGGAGUGACAUGAAGCACAGUAAAGUAGCUCUUUUUUUAAAAAAAUGUUUUUGUGGAUGAAUUUCUUGGCCCAUUUAAAAAUCUUGCCUAUCCUGCCCACUCCAGCUUAGCAGGGGGCAGUAUUACUCCUACAUGCUUAAAAGAAUAAAAGAAGAAGAGUCGUAGCAAGCCUGCAGUGACGUCAUCGCUUCCUGGUUAUUAUUUACUUUCAUUUUAUGAAUUUGUGAAUCUGCAGACGAUUGUCUCCGUGUAGAGGUUUCUGUGCUUCAGCUGACUCUGUGAUGUCGCUGUGUGAGAACAAAGUGGAGCUUCCUCCUCCCUCUAAAGCCACUCUGUGUGGAGACGAGAUCACCAAAGCUCAGAGCCCAGAGAAGCAGCACAGACCCCACACAGCCCACCGUGAACCUGAACCCAGCUGUAUGUCCGUGAUGAGCGACCAGUCAAAUGAGCGAUAUAUUGAUUUCAAACAAGGAGCAGAGGAAACAAAGAUACGUCAGCGAAAACAAUCUCCUAAACCUGAACUCGUCUGUGUGUCCACGAUGAGCAGCAGCUCAAAUGAGCGAUAUAUUGAUUUCAAACAAGGACCAGUGGAAACAAGGGGUCAUCAGAUUCCCGAUGCUUCUAACCCCGGAUCCAGCUGUGUGUCAAUGAUGAGCGACCAGUCCAAUGAGCGACACAUUGACUUCAAACAAGGAUCACAGGACACAAAGAAACAUAGGAGAAAAAAAUCUCCUAAACCUAAACCCGUCUGUGUGUCCACGAUGAGCAGCAGCUCAAAUGAGCGAUAUAUUGAUUUCAGCCGAGAUACAGAGAACUGUCAGAACCUGCCUGCUAAUGAAGGCUGGUUAUCCUUCAUAAAGAACUGGAUCAUGGAUGUGGUCGUGAAUUUAUUACAAAGAUUAUUUGUGAAACAGUUACAACAGAUACCAGCAUCUUCUGAACCUGAUUCAUCAGCACCCACAACGUGCGAUGAAUCAAUUCUUUAUAACUCCAGCGAUGAACUCGACUCUGUUAACGAAGCAUUUGACGAGGAAAGUACAGAGGCUCCAAGUGAUCAGUCUGCCCAGCAGCAUCAAUCACAUCCGGACUCAGUCUUUAUGCUGCUGGAGGACAACAUUAUCACUUUUGUGAAAAAUGAGCUGAAGAAGAUCCAGAAGAUUUUGUUUCCAGAUAACUCAGAGAGUCAGAUGGAGGAAGAGACACUGCUGGGGGGGGAGGGUGAAGAACACAGGAACAGAGAGGCAUUGGUGAAGCUUGCCCUGCAUUUCCUGAGGAAAAUGAAACGGAACGACAUGGCCGACUGUCUGCAGAACAAACUUUUUGCUCCACAAUGUCAACGUAAACUUAAAAGUAAUCUGAAGGAGAAGUCCCAGUGUGUGUUUGAGGGGAUCGCUAAAGCAGGAAACCAAACCCUUCUCAAUCAGAUCUACACUGAGCUCUACAUCACAGAGGGAGGGACUGUAGAAGUCAAUAAUGAACAUGAGGUCAGACAGCUCGCAACAGCAUCCAGGAAGCCAGACAGAACAGAAACAACAAUCAGACGAGAAGACAUCUUUAAAAAGUCACCUGGAAGAGAUGAACCAAUCAGAACAGUGCUGACAAAAGGAGUGGCCGGCAUUGGGAAAACAGUCUUAAUUCAAAAGUUUACGCUAGACUGGGCUGAAGAACAAGCUAACCAGGACAUCCAGUUUACAUUUCCAUUUACAUUCAGAGAGCUGAAUGUGUUGAAAGAGAAAAAGUUCAGCUUGGUGGGACUUGUUCAUCACUUCUUUACUGAAACCAAAAAAGCAGGAAUUUGCUGGUUUGAACACUUCCAGGUUGUGUUCAUCUUGGAUGGUCUGGAUGAGUGUCGACUCCCUCUGGACUUCCACCGCAAUGAAACUCUAACUGAUAUUACACAGUCCGCCUCAGUGGGUGUGCUGCUUACAAACCUCAUCAGGGGGAAACUGCUUCCCUCCGCUCGUGUCUGGAUAACCACACGGCCUGCAGCAGCCAGUCAGAUUCCUCCUGAGUUUGUUCACAUGGUGACAGAAGUCAGAGGGUUCACCGAUGAACAGAAGGAGGAGUACUUCAGGAAGAGAUUCAGAGAUGAGGAACAGGCCAGCAGGAUCAUCUCCCACAUCAAAUCAUCACGAAGCCUCCACAUCAUGUGCCAUAUCCCAGUCUUCUGCUGGAUCACUGCUACUGUUCUGGAGGAUAUGUUGAAAACCAGAGAGGGAGGAAUAUUACCUAAGACUCUGACUGAGAUGUACAUCUAUUUCCUGGUGGUUCAGUCCAAAGUAAGGAAGAUUAAGUAUGAUGGUGGUGCUGAGACAGAUUGUCACUGGGGUCCAGAAAGCAAGAAGAUGAUUGAAUCACUGGGAAAACUGGCUUUUGACCAGCUAGAGAAAGGAAACCUGAUCUUUUAUAAAUCAGACCUGAAAGAGUGUGGCAUUGAUAUUAGAGCAGCCUCAGUGUACUCAGGAGUGUUCACACAGAUCUUUAAAGAGGAAAGGGGGCUAUAUCAGGACACAGUGUUCUGCUUCAUCCAUCUGAGUGUUCAGGAGUUUCUGGCUGCUCUUCAUGUCCACCUGACCUUCAUCAACUCUGGAGUCAGUGUGCUACCAGAGGAACAAACAGCAUCUCAGACAUCUGAAACACCUAAAAAUAAGAUUGUAAAAACAGACUUCUACCAACGUGCUGUGGACAAUGCUUUGCAGAGUCCAAAUGGACACCUGGACUUGUUCCUCCGCUUCCUCCUGGGUCUUUCAUUGCAGUCAAAUCAGGACCUUAUAAAAGGCCUGCAGACACAGACAGAAAGCAGUUCAGAAACCAAUCAAAAAACAGUCCAGUACAUUAAGAUGAAGAUAAGUGAGAAUCUGUCUGCAGAAAAAAGCAUCAAUCUGUUCCACUGUCUGAAUGAACUGAACGACCGUUCUCUAGUGGAGGAGAUCCAACAGUCCCUGAGUUCAAGAACCCUCUCUGUGGAUAAACUGUCUACUGCCCAGUGGUCAGCUCUGGUCUUCAUCUUACUGUCAUCAGAAAAUGAUCUGGAUGAGUUUGUCCUGAAGAAAUACUCUGCUUCGGAGGAGGCUCUUCUGAGGCUGCUGCCAGUGAUCAAAGCCUCCAAAAAAGCCAUACUGACUGACUGUAACCUCUCAAAGACAAGCUGUGAAGCUCUGACUUCAGUUCUCAGUAACCCAGUCUCUAGUCUGCUUGAGCUAGACCUGAGCAACAACACCCUGCAGGAUUCUGGGGUGAAAGAACUUUCUGUUGAACUGGGGAGCCCACACUGUAAACUGGAAACUCUAAGACUGUCAGGUUGUCAGAUUACAGAGGAUGGCUGUAGGUAUCUUGUCUCAGCUCUCAACUCUAACCAUACCCACUUGAAAGAACUGGACUUGAGCUACAAUAAUCCAGGAGACUCAGGAGUGGAACUGUUGUCAGAUGGACUAGAACAUUCAUUACGAAAAUUAGAAAUUCUGAGACUGGGUGUCUGCAACCUGUCAGAGAAAAGCUGUGAAGCUCUUUCUCCAGCUCUCUCCUGCCAGUCAUCGAGUCUGAGAGAGCUGGACCUGAAUAACAACAACCUGAAGGAUACAGGAGUGAAGGCACUGUCCACUGGACUGGAAAGUCAACACUGCAAACUGGAAACUCUCAGGCUUUCGGGCUGCUUGAUCACAAAGGAUGGCUGUGCUUCUCUGGUCUCAGCUCUGAACUCCAACCCCUCUCAUCUGAAAGUGCUGGACUUGAGUUACAAUCAUCCAGACGAUGCAGGAGUAGAGCUUCAGACUGGAGUAAAGGAUCAACGCUGGAAACUGGAAAACCUAAGGGUGGAACCUGCUGGAGCAGAGUGGUUGAAACCAGGAUUGAAGAAGUAUCUCUCUAAACUUACAGUCAACACAAAUACAAUAAACAAAAAUCUCAGACUGUCUAUGAAUAACAUGAAGGUGACACAUACGAGAAAUAACUUCAUAUAUCCUGAUCAUGCUGACAGAUUUGUUGACUGGUGUCAGCUGCUGUGUAAAGAUGUUUUACAUGGUCGGAGGUACUGGGAGGUGGAGUGGACAGGUGAGGUUGACAUAUCAGUAAGUUACAGAGGAAUAGGAAGAAAAGGAGAACGUAAAAACUGCAGAUUUGGAGAGAAUCCUCAGUCCUGGAGUCUGGACUGCUCCAAUGCCCGCGGCUACACUGUGUAUCACAAUCAGAGAAUAUCAGUCAUUCACCCCUCAUCCUCUUCGUCCCCUUCUUGUGGUCCUAAGCGAGUAGCAGUGUAUGUCGACUGUCCUGCUGGCACUCUGUCCUUCUACAAUGUCUCCAGUGACUCUCUGAUCCACCUCCACACCUUCAACACCACAUUCACUGAACCUCUUUAUCCUGGCUUUGGAGUCUGGCACCAUUCAUGUGGUUCCUCAGUGCGUCUGUGUUCUGUGCAGAGCGACUGGCCUUUUCUGACAUUCCUCAAACGCCUCACUGUUUUAUGUGAGUUUCAGUUUCAUUGUGAGAAUGACAGCGGAGCAGAUGAUGUUCUCCGUGAGAAACCUCAAUUUGAAGCCUGAGCAGCAGCAGCAGCACAUGCCACACUCUAUUGGACCUGCUGGACCUGAAACUGGAAAUAAACUAAAUUCUGUGUCCAUGAAAACUGACUAGCCAAUGGAGUCUUAUUUUAAAAAAUGUGCUGAUGGAAGGAUUGAUCACAGACUACAAUCUUCUGGAUCUUCACCCAGCUGUGUCUCCUUCAACAGCAACAAGUCAAAAAGCAUGAUUUAUAGGUUUAAAAAGCAAGAUCCUGAUGAGCUGAAGAUUGAGGACUGGGAGAACUCAUCAGUAUGACGUGGACUCCAUAUUUAGGCAACUGGAGGACAAUAUUAUCCCUUUUGGGAAAAAUGAAAUGAAAAACCUGCAGAAGAGUGUGAGUCCAGAUAACUCAGAAGUCAAUGAGUGUGAGGAUGACAGAUUUUUGGGGUGUGACAACAAACAGCAGAAAGACUUAUUUCUAAUGACCACUCUGCACUUCCUAAGAAAAAUGAACCAGGGGAAGCUGGCUGACUGUCUACAGAGCAAAUGCCAUGCUGCAGUUUGUCAGCAUA